GUUGCAUUUAGUAUUCAGCUACUGACAGAAUGAGGGCCCAGUGUACAAACGAGAAAGGUCUUCAACAACUACCCAUUGCCUACAGUCCUGGUGGUAAGAAACAAUCAGCAAGCAACAUGCAGUUUUCAUUAUUUGUGAAAAUACUUAUUGUCUCCUUGAUCUGUUUUCAUAUUCAAAUAGCUGAAACAACUUUCAGUGACUUUGAAGGAGCUGCAAUUUCAGUUCCUGAUGAUACAUUAAACUGGUUUCAGGUUGGACUAUUGAAAACUAUGUUCCUGUUGUUAGUUCUUCAGUGGAUAAAUGGUGCUCUGCCAUUAGAAAUUUCACUUCCGCUUGAUAAAUUUGCCUUGCCACAAAGUGAGAAGUAUAAUACAGAUGAUGAGCAUACUUUUGCUACAAAGGGAAUGUAUCUGCUUGAGCCAGUGAUGUCAAAAGGAUCCACUGUGGAUGAAACACACAUAAAACUAUAUCAAAAAUCUUAUUUCAGUUUGCAAAAGGCUAUUAAAUUUUUUGUUACAUUUAAAAGAAUUAUUUCAGCUUUAUGUCUCACCAUUUAUGAAUUUGUAACGAAAAUCUAUUAUUUCUGGUAUGGAUAGAAAUCAAUAUUUUAGUUUGCUACAGUUCAUUCUGCACAAUAGCUUUUAGAAAUG